AACAAAAUAUACAACUACAACAAGAUGGCGUCAACAAGGCCACCCUUGGCCCAAUUAAAUAGGCUCUGUAUAUCUUCGGCUCCCAGGCCCAUGGUAUACCGCCCUGCAGCCCUCAUACACAACUCUAUCCAGCAACGCUUUGCUGCCAAAAAGGCAGCCGGCCCGAACAAGUACACCGAGAAAAAGAAAGCCCAGAAGGCAGCGGAGAAAAAGAAGAGAAAGCCAAGGACUGCCUACAUUCAGUACAACCUUAAUGAUGCCGACCAAUUUGCGCUUUGCGAUGCCAUGCGCUAUAUUAGGGCCGCAGAAGUCGGGAGGCCGGCAACACAAGUAAAAUACGAAGUGGCUCUGAAAGUCAAGUCACUCAAGAACGGGCCUGUUAUGCGCAAUAGACUACGCCUCCCUCAUCCCGUGAAGACAGACGUGCGAAUCUGUGUCAUCUGUCCGCCAGAUUCGAAAUACGCGGAAGCUGCCCGAGCAGCAGGAGCAUCACUUGUUGGCGAGGAGGAGAUCUUCGAAGCGAUAAAAGAUGGGAAGAUCGAAUUUGAUCGCUGCAUAGCGCAGAUUGAUUCGUUGCAAAAGAUGAAUAAGGCUGCGUUGGGAAGAAUCCUCGGACCCAGGGGUCUGAUGCCCAGCUCAAAAACCGGCACUGUGGUGAAGGACCCAGCUGCUGCUGUUAGGGAAAUGGUUGGAGGCGCAGAGUACAGAGAACGUUUGGGGGUGGUACGCAUGGCAAUUGGGCAGUUGGGGUUCACACCGGAAAUGAUGCAAGAUAACAUCAAGGUUUUCGUGGAGUCGGUGAAGAAGGACAUGGCACAACUGAGCGAGAAGGUCAACAAGGAGAUUGCAGAGGUCGUAUUGAGCUCGACAAAUGGACCGGGCAUGACUCUGAGUGGCGAUUUCAGAAGCCCGACGUCAACAAUCAGUCCAAAGGAUCUGACAGUAUUAUAGAGCAAUAGCUUGUAUUUUUAGUUGUACAGUACAAUAUUCACAUUGCCUUCCCCGGGUAUAGAAUUCAAACGCCUGAGCUAUGUGUCCCCAAACUGUUGCUUUCUUCUGAACUCGGAACCAUUCAGUACUUUCACAGCCUCCGCAGCUUCAUCCAUCUCCCUAUAAAUGCCCAUCACUUUCACCAGGCGUGCUCGAGAAGAAUCGUCAGACCCAUUGGCUUCUUUUAGGGCCGUAUUAAGAUCCAGAAGAAGGACACCCCUAACUCUCCCUAUCCGCUGCUGCUGUGUAGCAACGAAUGCAUUUUCGUGGCCAGCCGCUCGAGCCAUACGAACGACGUGGCAGUAAUCUCUUACAAGACGCUGCAACUUUCUGAUGCUGGCGCCUCCUGUGGCCAUAUCAAGGGUGAGCCCACCCUCAUCCUCAUCAUCCUCGCUAUCACUCCAAACCUCGUCUCGAGUCUGUCUAUCCACAGAGCCCAUCAUCAGAUUCUCCUCCAGUUCUUCUAACGUGGCAUCGAGCUCCAGCAUAGUUCUUGCCGUACUGAUCUCCCAGUUGAUCUGUGACUUCUCGCUGAGCAGGCCAUCAACAUCUUGGCCCUUAGCCUUUAUCUUGCCCCUCACUUCUUCAAAUCCUCUCUUGAGACCUAGGAGGCCCACACGCACAUCCUCAACCUUCUCCUCUCCACCACGAAGGUCCGAGCCAAGACUUAGAAAUUGCUCGUAGUUAACAUUGACGAGGUCGAGGAGCUCUUUGGACAAUGCUUGGGAACGCUCUCUCAGAUCUGUACGUAAGUCCUCCAGGGUUUGAUGGCGGUCUGCAAGGGUGGAGAGGUAGUCGGAUGCAUCAAAGUUGGGAACCAAGAAGUCACUCCUCGGGAGAGCUUCUGGGUAUGGUAGAUUGUCCUCGUCGUCUGCGGAUGAGGCGCUUGCAGAGUCACCCCCAAAGUAAAAGCCAUUCAUGGUUUCCGGUUUAUCUCCCAAAUUCCCUCCUUCCCGGGCUUUGAGUAUCUCGAACUGGUAUAUUGGUUUUGGUACAUGUGUUUUGAUGAGAAUCACGUGUCGUCCUCCCUCAAGAUUCCGAUGAAGGCAUUGGCAACGCUAAAACGGUGACAAGGCCCACAAGCGCUCGUUUCUAUUGGCCCUAACUUAGCGAUGCAGGGG